UCCGCAGGAACAAGGAAGCGGCGCCACCGUCGUCUCCUCCUCUCGCUCCGCGCCUCUUAGGUCCGCCGGCCGCCACCAUGUCUGCCUCGGCCGUCUUCAUCCUCGAUGUCAAGGGCAAGCCCCUGAUCAGCCGCAACUACAAGGGCGAUGUGGCCAUGAGUGAGAUAGAGCACUUCAUGCCUCUGCUCCUGCAGCGGGAGGAGGAGGGGGCCCUGGCUCCACUGCUGAGCCACGGACGGGUCCACUUUCUGUGGAUCAAACACAGCAACCUCUACCUGGUGGCCACCACGCUGAAGAAUGCCAAUGCCUCACUCGUGUACUCCUUCCUCUACAAGACAGUGGAGGUAUUCUCUGAAUACUUCAAGGAGCUGGAGGAGGAGAGCAUCCGGGACAACUUUGUCAUUGUCUACGAGCUGCUGGAUGAGCUCAUGGACUUCGGUUUCCCUCAGACCACCGACAGCAAGAUUCUGCAGGAGUACAUCACGCAGCAGGGCAAUAAGCUGGAGACAGGCAAGUCACGGGUGCCACCCACUGUCACCAAUGCUGUGUCCUGGCGUUCUGAGGGCAUCAAGUACAAGAAGAAUGAGGUCUUCAUCGAUGUCAUAGAGUCUGUCAAUCUGCUGGUCAAUGCUAAUGGCAGCGUCCUGCUGAGUGAAAUCGUGGGCACCAUCAAGCUCAAGGUGUUUCUGUCUGGCAUGCCGGAGCUGCGGCUCGGCCUCAACGACCGCGUGCUCUUUGAGCUCACUGGCCUUUCAGGGAGCAAGAACAAGUCUGUGGAACUGGAGGAUGUGAAGUUUCACCAGUGCGUGCGACUCUCUCGUUUCGACAACGACCGCACCAUCUCCUUCAUCCCGCCCGAUGGCGACUUUGAGCUCAUGUCCUAUCGCCUCAGCACACAGGUCAAGCCACUGAUCUGGAUUGAGUCCGUCAUUGAGAAGUUCUCCCACAGCCGUGUGGAGAUCAUGGUCAAGGCCAAGGGGCAGUUUAAGAAGCAAUCGGUGGCCAACGGCGUGGAGAUAUCUGUGCCGGUGCCCAGCGAUGCCGACUCCCCGCGCUUCAAGGCCAGCGUGGGCAGUGCCAAGUACGUGCCUGAGAAGAACAUCGUGAUUUGGAGUAUUAAGUCUUUCCCGGGGGGCAAGGAGUACCUGAUGCGUGCCCACUUUGGCCUCCCCAGCGUGGAGAAGGAGGAGGAGGAGGGCCGGCCCCCCAUUGGGGUCAAGUUUGAGAUCCCCUACUUCACCGUCUCUGGGAUUCAGGUCCGAUACAUGAAGAUCAUCGAGAAAAGUGGUUACCAGGCACUGCCCUGGGUCCGCUACAUCACCCAGAGUGGUGAUUAUCAACUUCGUACCAGCUAGAAGGGAGAACAUGAGCCUCCUCCACCUAGG